AUGGGACCUAUAAAGAACGGGGUAGAUGACGAAUCACUGAAUGAAAACAACGUUGGAUCAUUCGAUGAUCAAUAUAUUGAAACUGAAAACAGUAGCUUCUCAGCUAAUGCCAAUGAACCUUUAUUAUCUGAUACAAAUAUAGUCUCUAAUGAAACACAGCUUCCCAAUGAACCUCCAUCUUAUGAUGACUUGGAAAAUAGUGGCUUAAAUGAAUUUCCAAUGAUUGAUAACCCUCCUGAAGCUUAUAUUAAUAGAGAUGGAAUUAGAGAAGAUACAGCAACUACUUAUGAAGAAAUGCGAUGUAUGAUGGAAGAUAUAAUGAAUGAUAUUGAACACAAUUUUAUCAGCAUGUUACGUAAUUUGAGACGUAACGUUAUGGAACCAUUUCUUGCAAAUGUUUGGGUACCAUUUUUAACAAUCCGAGAAAUCAUCAAUAAUAAGAUUGAUUUUCAGCUUAAUCGAAUUGGAGAUCCUACGAUCUUACGUCGAUUUUUUUAUAUUAUUUUGAUGUCUAUUCUAACAUAUUUUAUUAUAACAAGUGGAUUUCUACCUAAUGAGCAUGGUAAAGGUAAUAGAGGGAUGUUUUCAGAUCAACCGGUUCUGGUAGAAUAUGCCAAACGAUCUAUUGAUUUUGCUAAACUAGAAAGAGAUUUAGAAUAUUUGAGUAGUAUGCCUCAUAUGUCUGGUACAAAGGGAGAUGGGGCUAUACGAAAUUAUAUAAAGGAAUCUUUUGAUAAUAACGGGCUAAAAAUUGUUAAUGAAGAUGAGUACACGGUAUAUACUAACUACCCGGGACAAGUAUCAAUGCAAGUGAGCUUUGAAGAUGAUGAUGAAAUUGUAAAAUUUAAUUUGACACAGGAAAAUUUCAAUCCUUUAUCCAUUAAUGGUGAAUUGAUACAUAAACCAAUUAUUUAUGUUGGUUACGGUUCUAGAGAUACCUAUAAAGAAUUGGUCAAAUCUAAUGUAAUAACUGCGGAUGAUAUUUCUAACGGGUAUAUGGUUCUUAUGAAGUACGGUAAAUUGCUUAGCGAACAAAUCCUUAUGGCUCAAGAGUAUGGAGUUGUUGGUAUAAUAUUUAUGACAUCCAAAUUUAAGGAGAACAGGGAUCUAAUUCAACAAGAAUCUGUUGGAAUACCACAAUAUUGGGUUGGAGACUCGCUGUCACCGGGAUGGUAUGGUACUGUUAUCAAGGGUUUAGAUAUCAAAGAAUCGAAAACAUUACCACAACUUUUAACUGUCCCUGUUUCUUACUCUCAAGGGAUCUCAAUUUUACAAAGCUUAAAUACAAAAGUGAAGUCAGACGACGGAUCUCAUGGCAUAAAACUUCCUGAAGACAAAGAUGAAGAAGAUGAACUAUUUCUUUAUAGUGGAAAGUUGAAUAGAACUUACAUUGAUUUAAAUGUAAAUACAACAAUACGAGAGUCUCAUUCCAUAUAUAACGUUCUGGGUAAGAUUGAAGGUAAAGAACAAAAUGACAAAGCAAUUAUCAUAUGUGCAUCACGUAACUCCAUUAAUCACGGCAGUUCUUAUCCAAAUUUUGGAACUACUAUUCUACUUUCACUGGUUCAAUUAUUUGAACAGAUGAGAUACAAAUACCAUUGGAAACCCUUGCGUAAUAUCUAUUUCAUUUCAUUUGGUGGCAGUGAGUAUAACUCUGCUGGGGCCACAGAAUUUUUUGAAGAAAAGCUAGCCCCAUUAAAGGACGAAAUUUAUUCUGUGAUCGACAUUUCCCAGUUGGGACUUUUGAGUUAUUCCAAUAGAGGUCAUAGAAAUAGCAACAAUGAUCUACAUAUAGAAACUCAUCCGUUACUAUUCAGACUAUUCCAGGGCAAACAAACAAAUGCAAUGGAGAAAGCCAAACGUAAUGAACAUGGAAAGAAUUCUGAAGUAGAUGGUGAAUCAUAUUUCCAUGUGCAAAGUGAGCUACAUGAUAUUUAUGUUACUGGUGUGACAAGUUAUGGUGAUUGGACUCCCUUUUUAGCAAAUGGGAUUCCUGUGACCAUCUUUUCACAUCCUCAGAUCAAGGCUAAAGAUGUUCCAGUGGAUACAUCAUUGGAUACUUUUGAGCAAUUGCAAGCAAUAUUACAAGAAAAGGAAUCACGAGAAAUUGUCAAGGAUCUUGUGGUGUAUAUCUUAGAAACUACAUUGAAGCUGAUUGACGAGCCAAUUAUCCCCUUUGAUCUUGUUGAAUAUUUCAGUUAUUUGAAAAUAAAGUUCAAACGUUUAUCGAAACAGAUUAAGAAAUUAGAAAAAAGUGAAACUAAUCGUAAGGAUUUAAUUCGAUUUGAUUCAGUACGUGAGAAAUUAAAGAAAUGGAAAUUGAUUCAAGAAGAAUGGUGUAGAUGGAUUGAUAAAUGGUAUGAUGUUGUAAUGGAACAUGAUAAUGGGAUAGAGCCUUCUUUGUUAAGUGUUCAUCGCUGGGCGUGGAAUAGAAAGAUGAGUAUGAUAGGUAAAAGACAAAUUAGCCCCGUAGGUCUUACUAAGGGGAGAUCAUUUUACAAGAACAUUGUGGUAGGUGGAGAACUAUAUGCAAUGAAUGAGGCUAUGGAAAGUGCUGGUGGUAAUGAGAAAAAAUUCCAAGAAGCUCUUGAAGAUUCUUGGUUAUUCCCGGGAGUACGAGACGCCAUAAGUGGAGAACCCGAUUGGGUAUUAGCACAAGAACAAAUAGACAUUAUUUCAGAUGCUCUAGAAUUAUCUGCAGCUUUAUUUGCUGAAGAAAUCAACUACAGAACUGGGUAG